AUGAGCCCGAAGACGGCUUCAGACCCAGAGACGGCUUCAGACCCAGAGACGGCUUCAGACCCAGAGACGGCCUCAGACCCAGAGACGGCUUCAGACCCAGAGACGGCUUCAGACCCAGAGACGGCCUCAGACCCAGAGACGGCCUCAGACCCAGGGACGGUCUCAGACCCAGAGACGGCUUCAGACCCAGAGACGGCUUCAGACCCAGAGACGGCCUCAGACCCAGAGACGGCCUCAGACCCAGAGACGGCUUCAGACCCAGAGACGGCCUCAGACCCCAGAGACUGCUUCGGACCCAGAGACGACCUCAGACCCAGAGACGGCCUGAGACCCAGAGACGGCUUCAGACCCAGAGACGGCCUCAGACCCAGAGACGGCUUCAGACCCAGAGACGGCCUCAGACCCAGAGACGGCCUCAGACCCAGGGACGGUCUCAGACCCAGAGACGGCCUGAGACCCAGAGACGGCUUCAGACCCAGAGACGGCCUCAGACCCAGAGACGGCUUCAGACCCAGAGACGGCCUCAGACCCAGGGACGGCCUCAGACCCAGGGACGGUCUCAGACCCAGAGACGGCUUCAGACCCAGAGACGGCUUCAGACCCAGAGACGGCUUCAGACCCAGAGACGGCCUCAGACCCAGAGACGGCUUCAGACCCAGAGACGGCUUCAGACCCAGAGACGGCUUCAGACCCAGAGACGGCUUCAGACCCAGAGACGGCCUCAGACCCAGAGACGGCUUCAGACCCAGAGACGGCUUCAGACCCAGAGACGGCUUCAGACCCAGAGACGGCCUCAGACCCAGAGACGGCUUCAGACCCUGGGACGGUCUCAGACCCAGAGACGGCCUCAGACCCAGAGACGGCCUCAGACCCAGAGACGGCCUCAGACCCAGGGACGGUCUCAGACCCAGAGACGGCUUCAGACCCAGAGACGGCUUCAGACCCAGAGACGGCUUCAGACCCAGAGACGGCCUCAGACCCAGAGACGGCUUCAGACCCAGAGACGGCUUCAGACCCAGAGACGGCCUCAGACCCAGAGACGGCCUCAGACCCAGGGACGGUCUCAGACCCAGAGACGGCUUCAGACCCAGAGACGGCUUCAGACCCAGAGACGGCCUCAGACCCAGAGACGGCUUCAGACCCAGAGACGGCUUCAGACCCAGAGACGGCCUCAGACCCAGAGACGGCCUCAGACCCAGAGACGGCUUCAGACCCAGAGACCGCACGAGGCGAGUUGAAGUGCAGCCGAUCGGACAGCGCUUGUCACCAAACGGAUCUGGGCCGUGCGUGGGCCGACAGCACCCAUCAUCUGUCCGAGACCUUUGGGUGCUCCGGCCGCAGCUCUGUGCCUUGCUCGGUGCAGUCCUUAGAAUGCCCCCCCCCCCCCCAAAGUCACAUUCUGCGGCUCACUCCCUCCUCAUAUCUGCUCUGCACAGCGGGCGCCUGAUCCGGGGCACGCCGGAGCCAGUGGAUUCUGGCUCCCUGAGAGUUCUGGCUCCCUGA